AUGGCUGACUACGACAACGAUAACGGCCGUUACGCCGACGAGCCCCGGUACGACCGUGACCGCAGUGCUUCGCCUCGCGAUGAGCCUCGAAGCGACCGCGGCGGCGACCGCGGUGAUCGUAAUGACCGCGACGAACGUGGUGACCGCGACCGAGCCCGCAGCCGCUCUCCCAACGGUCGCUCUGAUGAACGUCCUAUGCCCAAGCGCAACGCUGCGGCCCAGGAUGAGGUUGAUGAGGAAGGAGCUCUCAACUCAGGCUCCAACCUUUUCGUUACCGGCAUUCACCCACGUCUGACCGAGUCAGACAUCACGCGUCUCUUUGAGAAAUAUGGUGAUGUGGAGAACUGCUCUAUCAUGACUGAUCCCCAUACCAAGGAGUCUCGCGGCUUCGGCUUCGUCAACAUGGGCGCUGGUGAGCAGGCUGAUGCUGCGAAGGAGGGUUUGCAAGGUGAAGUCAUCGAAGGUCGCACUUUGAGCAUUGAGAAGGCUCGCCGUAGCCGUCCUCGUAUUCCCACCCCUGGCAAAUACUUUGGCCCCCCCAAGCGUGAUGGCCGUGGUGGACCUCCUCGCCGUGAACGCUACGAUGAACGCCGUGGUCCUGGCGGCGGCGGUGGUAACUGGCGUCGCCGUGAUGACGAUUACUACCGUUACGGUCGUUACGACUCUUACAAUGAUCGCCGUGGUGGUGGUGGUGGUGGUGGUGACUAUGGCCGCGAAUCAUAUGGCCGUGGCGGCGGCGGCGGCGGUGACUACCGCUCUCGUGACUAUGCUGACCGUGACUACCGUCGUGGUUCCCGGGAUGAUUACGGCUACCGCGGAGGCGGCAGUGCUGGUGGUCCCGACCGCUACAAUGAUCGCUACAGCCGUGAUGAUCGUCGCGGUGGCGAUGAUCGUCGUGCAGGUGGUGGUGAUGAGCCUCGCAGCGGAGGCGGCGGCGGCGGUGGCAGUGGUGGUGCUGGUGGUAGUGGUUACUACGACCGUGACGCCAACCCUUCUUCCUACGACGCAGCUCCUCCCCGUGAAGGCGGCAGCGGCGGCGGCGGCGGCCGUGAUGCCUAUGCUGGCGGUGGUGGCAGUGGUGGUGGUCGAUCCUAUGAGGGCCGCGGUGGCGAGGAGCGCUACGGCAGCAGGUAA